AUGUCAUCCACAUCCACAAACUUCAGCUCCCUCCCAGCGGGCAUGACGAAUGCCUCGUCAAAACCAGCUAUCAACCUCCUACGAGGCUGGCCCAACGGCUCCCUCCUCCCCGUCUCUCUGAUCAAAGAAGCCGCCACCACCGCCCUCUCAGACCCCUCCAUAGCCUACGACGGCCUCGUUUACGGCGCCGAUGAAGGCUACCCACCCGCGCGAGAAGCCAUCGCGGAAUGGUUGACGUCCUUCUACAAUCCAAGCAAACCGAUCGAGGCGGAGAGGAUAUGCCUCAACGGCGGCGCCUCCCAGAGUCUCGGCUGCAUGCUGAACGUCUACACCGAGCCCUCCUCGACCCUCAACAUCUGGCUCGUCGCGCCCGCCUACAUGCUCGUCUUCCGCAUCUUCGAAGACGCAGGGUUCAGCGACAAAAUGCGCGCCGUGCCGGAAGACGAAGACGGCAUCGAUAUCGCAUACCUGCGACAAGAAAUUCUCAAGAGCGAGGAGAACGCCGGGAAGGAUACCACGACGCCGCGGUAUAAACCCCAUCGCGACCGCGCGAAGGUCUAUAGACAUGUCGUCUACUGCGUGCCGACGUUCAGCAAUCCUUCCUCGAGGACGAUGAGUCUGCACCAAAGACGCGACCUUGUCCGGCUGGCGCGGGAGUUCGAUGUCCUGCUCGUGUGCGACGACGUUUAUGAUUUCCUUCAGUGGCCCACAGCCUCCCCCGACACAAAGCUCGUAGAAACGCUGAAGACAUCGCACUUACCCCGGCUCGUGGACAUCGAUCGCGAGUUGGACGGUGGUGCAGAUCGUAAAGGUGCCGAUGGUUUUGGGAAUGUGGUGUCGAAUGGAACGUUUUCCAAGUUGGCGGGUCCAGGUCUGCGAAGUGGCUGGAUUGAGGGAACGGCCAAGUUCUCGUAUGGGGUGUCGCAAGCUGGCAUCCAAAGAUCCGGCGGCGCUCCAAGCCAACUCACCUCCACCUACCUCACUCGCCUCCUCCAAACCGGCCAACUCCAACACCACAUUCAAACCGUCCUGCGCCCCGCGUAUGCCACCAGAUACAGCCUCAUGGCCUCGGCGAUCAAAGAACACCUCCUACCGCUAGGCUUCACCAUGCCACAGCCCGAUCGCGAGGUCGUGGGUGGCUACUUCAUCUGGCUCGGGCUGCCCGAGACCCUGAACGGGGAGGAAUUGACGCAGCGGUGUCAGGAUGAGGAGAGUUUGGUCAUUGCUCCUGGAAGUAUUUUUGAGGUUCCUGGGGAUGAGAGUGCGAGAUUUGAGCGGAGCGUGAGGCUUUGUUUUGCUUUUGAGGAGGAAGAGAACCUGGGUGAGGGAGUGAGGAGGAUUGGGGAUGUGGUGGAGAUGAUGUUGGAGAGCGGGGAGGGUCCAUGUGGGGAGUAUGUGGUUGUUGAGAGAGGGCAUAAGGAUGAUACUAAGUUGCAGGGGUUCAUGUGA